AUGGCGGCCCCACGCGGGCCCGCGGAUUCUCGCACACGCAGCCUUGCAGCCCGGCGCCCUUCGCUACCCCCUGUCGUCCCGGGGGCUUCCGGCGUCGCGUCUCCUGGGGAGCGCGGCUUCCAAGGGCUUGUGAUCAGGGCUCAGCGCUUUCGGUUCUCGGAGGAGCCCGACCCAGGAUCCGAGGGGGCCGUGCUAGAGGUUCACGUCCCGCAGGUCUUACAUCUCCAAUAUGGAAUGUACGUUUGGCCCUGCGCUGUGGUCUUGGCCCAGUACCUGUGGUUUCAUAGGAGGUCUCUGCCAGGCAAAGCAGUAUUAGAGAUUGGCGCUGGCGUGAGCCUUCCAGGAAUUGUGGCUGCAAAAUGUGGUGCUAAAGUGAUACUGUCGGACAACUCAGAACUGCCACACUGCUUGGACAUCUGUCAGCAAAGCUGCCAAAUGAAUAAGCUGCCACAAGUCUGUGUGGUAGGGCUAACAUGGGGCCUCAUCUCUCCAGAUCUUCUGGCUCUACCACCACAAGACAUCAUUCUUGCAUCAGAUGUAUUUUUUGAACCAGAAGACUUUGAGAACAUUUUAACUACGGUAUACUUCCUGAUGGAAAGGAAUCCAAAGGUCCAGGUGUGGUCUACUUACCAGGUUAGAAGUGCUGACUGGUCACUUGAAGCUCUGCUCUACAAAUGGGACAUGAAAUGUAUCUGCAUUCCUUUGGAGUCUUUUGACGCAGACAAGGGAGAUUUAGCCGAGUCUGCCCUUCCAGGAAGACACACUAUUGAAAUGCUCAUCAUCUCCUUUGCAAAGGACAGUCUGACUUACACCUGA